GGGUUCAUUGUGCUUAUUUGAAGCAAACUCUGUUGGUGGAGCUCUUCUUUUGCCUGCUUCUGUGCUGCACCAUGCGGAAGCCUGAGAGAAUUUUGAUCUGGAACUUGAUAGCUGUAGUUUUUGCGUUGGGUCAAGCAUGGCCAACAAUGAAGGAUUCUCAGCCAAGCAGUGGCAUUAAAACGGACUGUGUUGCUAAUCUGAUGCGGCUGACCCUGGAUGAAGCUUUAGCAGUGGGGAAUCAGCUUGAAGUGGAAGCAAUCAAUGGCACCCAGCACAUUUUGUUGACACCCAGUCUAGCUGCCCAAUGUGGAUACAGCAUGGAGUCGGACCCCUGGGGUAACACUAGAAUUUACACCUCCCUCCUUGGCUGUUAUGUCCAUAAUAAGGAUGACAUGAGCUUCAAUGUUGGCCUGAAGCUUAAAAUCUACCACCAUGGUCCUUCUGAUGUGAUUACCCAUGAUGUGGCUAAGACCUGUAGCUACACAAGCUGGGCAACCCGAGAAAUCCUCUGUGACAGGAACUACAUGGAAGUGUCAACAUACAUGGCUCCAAAAUACUCCCAAACUAAAGUUAAAGGCCAAAAGGGAGAGGACUUCCAACUCAACACAAUUACCACUGCCUCUGAAGAAGUGCAUGGGAUCUGGAAGAUGACAUUUUUCACCCCUGAGCCUAUGUCUUUGGUCCUGGAGGAAGCCCAACAAGCUGGCUAUAGUGCCAAGACCACAUCUACCCGUCUGGUUGUGCGAAGCCCUUACAACAUGGCUGAAACUUAUUCAGAGGAUGUUGCUGGAGUCCCUAUGGAGGUGAUGAAGGUGAGCAUCUACCACAAGGGUCAAGAUGGACUUAAUGUCUUCAAUUUGGCAGCUGCUUGUCCAACAGGUGGUGUUCUGUUUACUGAGGACCUAAUCUCUUGGCACGUACCUCGCCGUGUGACUCCACUAUUAGAUGGCCACAUUAGGCUUGUGGAAAUGACUAUGGGAAUCAAUGGACAAAGGCUGGAUAAAGCUCAGAUGGCUGCAAGGGGGUACUCUCUGUCUACCACAGACUUCCAUAUUGUUGUGGAGAUCCCAGUUGGAUCAUCUGAUGGCUACUAUAAGAGCCAUGCACCAGAUUACCAGUACCAUAUGACCUACUCCGUCGAGCCAAUGCUUGAGGUGCUGUGGAAGGCAGACCAAAGUGUAGAUGACACUAGAUACAAGAUCUUGUUUCCCAUUACAACCCCACCAAUGAGUCGCCCUCCAAACACUGAAGACCGCACCACUCCUGAAGAGAGGGAAUUUAACCUGUAUGUUGGACCAUUUCUCUAUGAUGUGGCUGUGAGGAACAUCACUUUUUCCACUGGAGUCCUUACUGUUGAGGAGAGCAACGCCAGAGGGUUCAUUGUCCAGCAACAUGUCCUUGCCAAUGGGACAUUUGUGUUUUCUCUAAAAGUUCCCUUUGACUCUAAUGUUGUCUCUAAACAUAAUCCAGAGCUCUUGAUAACUACCUACAGCCUCAGUGUAGUUUUUGGGUUUGUCAUUCUGCCUGAGGAAAUUCCAUUUGCCCAUCAAGUGGAGUUGGAUGCCUCUGUCGAGGAUGUUGUGCUUCCUGUACUCACUGGCACCUGUGACCAGGAGCAAUUUUACAUCACUGUAAAAUAUGGCAGCCAAGGGAACAACACAAAUACAAUGGUUGGUGGCCUGGACCUUACCCCAGAGCUGGCAGAAUUCUACAAUUUCAAGGGCGAUGCCACUCAGUUCAGCAUUGCUGUGCCAUAUGCAGCCACUGGUUCAUCUUUUGAGUUGAUCACAACAAAUUCCAUUAGAGCCAGGCUGGAUGUGGUGGUGUGGGACCCAAUUACCAACUGGAUUCUUUCUGACCUCUUCCUGGCCUGCUAUUUCCCCUUGAUGACAACCAGGUGCUACCCCAAUGGAACAAUCAGUGCUCUGGCUGUGAAAGUAGAAUCUGUGCCCAACCUUAACCCAAGCUGGCUGACUCUGAAGGACCAAUCCUGCUCACCAGUUUUUAGCAAUGAUCACUUUGCUCAAUUUAUCUUCAGUGCUGACUCCUGUGGAACAACUAGAACAUUCUUUGACCACUACAUGCUGUAUGAAAAUGAAAUUGGCCUGUACUACCAUGGCAAGAGAGGAGCUGCUCACACUUCACCUGUGGACCCUGAAUACAAGCAAACUGUCUCCUGCUACUAUGUGGUGAAUGACACUCAAACUAUUGCCUUCAACACAAAGUCCAGACUUUAUGAACCAAAGGCAGAGAUUGGCUCUGGACAAAUGAGCAUUCAGAUGAGGCAAGCAACAGAUUCUUCAUAUGAGAACUUCUAUAAAGCUGAGGACUAUCCAGUGGAGAAGUACUUGAGGGAGCCUUUGUACUUUGAAGUAGAGUUGGCACUAUCAACUGACCCUAACUUGGAGCUCAUCUUGGAUAACUGCUGGGCUACUCUUCAGGAAGAAAGAACCUCCCUUCCCAGUUGGGACAUCAUCGUCAAUGGGUGUGCAUACUCUGGUGACAACUAUGCAACAGUGUUCCAUACUGUAUCUAUGGAUGAAAGAGUGUCUUUCCCAUCCCACUACAAGCGGUUCUCCAUGAAGAUGUUUGCUUUCAUUCAGGAAGACAAAGUUCUGAAACAUGAGGCAACCCUAUGGAGGCCAUCUGCCAACGCCAGUGUUCUAAACCAGCUGUGA